GGGAGGACGGCUUUCUCAAGAGAUUCCUGGCGACGUGGCCCCCGGAACUCCCCACCCGGUUUGCCGGGCUCGGCUCCUCCUCGCGGGUCCCUGGCGCCCCCUGGCGGCGAGCUCCAGGGCGGCUCCGCAGAGACACUCCCUCCGUGUUUGGGUGGAGCCGUUCUUUCCCCGCGCCUCCAGGGGACACUCGGGCGCAUGCGCACCCUCCGGCCGCGCGCUACCUGCGCGGGAGCCGCCUGGAGGUUGGGAACCAGAGGUGCUGAUUGGUGCGUUCCAAAGUCCGCAGAGCUGGCAAACCCGCGGCCCCGCCCAGACCCCGGAAGUGCCUGCCUAAGGGACAGACUGGCUCCAGUGCUCUGGCAGCUUCUCUUACGCGUGCUCUCACCGCUUGCUGCUAAAGAUACCUUGACCAACCUUGCUCCAGAGGCUCAAGCCCGUGUGGUGAAGUCAGCACUGGACUCCCAGGGCUACCCCAGGUCUGCGCUGGUACAGUUUCCUGAGGGCAAUUCUCAGAGAAGUCGGGAACUGCUGCUGGCCCUGUCUUGGCUUCUGGCACGAGAACCCUUCCUUGAGCAGCUGCUUGCCCAGACCCGUGUGCGGUUGGAUGAUCAGCUGCCCCAGUGUGAGUGUGAGGCCCUGGCCAUCCCUGGUCCUCUUGCACCCCGUGUGGAAACAGAGAGUCCGGUGGAUCUCCGACUAGUGGAAUGGCUGAUGGGAAAGCUGCGGUUUAGGUGGCGCCGCCUGAUCUCCAGUCAGCAGGAACAGUGUACCCUGCUCAGCAAGAUCCACCUGUACACCCGUGGAUGUCACAGCCAGCGGAACCUUGACCAUCUUUCUGUUGCUGAAACAGAGAUGCUCAGAGACCCAGAGAGCAGUCAGCAGCUUCUGCAGGCGCUGGAGAGUGAGAACGUACGCCUGGGGGCAGCUCUGGAGUGGCGGCAGUGUGAGCUGGUCUUCUGGCAGUGGAUGGAUACAGUUCUGGAUGCCUGCUUGUCGGAGACUCCUGCUGUGACCUCACAGCCCACAGUUCUGCCCAUGAUUUCUGAACGUGGGCUUGGUGAGCUGGAGUUGGUAAAACAAGAGUUGCAGGCCCUGCAGGAGGAGCUACGGGAGGUGGCUGAGCCCCGGAGGGCGGCAUGGGAAGCCCAGGUUGGAGGCCUAGGUCAGGGGCCAGAGUGGAGCACCACAAGGAGAGCCUUGCAGGAGGCUGUCAAACAGGAGUUGAUUGCCCUGCAGGUAUCCUGGGAGCCAUCCAGUGACCCUACCCAGCCCCAGAGACCCCAUCGGCUGGUGAGAAGUAAGGAUCAGUCACCAGGACCUCAAGGCCUACAGGCAGCUGAGAUGAUCAGGACCCUGAGCACCCAGGAGGCCGGUCUGAAAAAGGUGCUGCAUCAGCUACAGAGUCAAUGUCAGCAGGAGCUGGCCAGGCUGGCUGGUGCUCUGCCUGGCUUGAUUUGGAUUAUGGCUCCUGGACACUGAAGGCCCCAAGGUGUGCCCACCUGUGUAGAGGUCUUUGUAGGGUCUCAGAGGAGCAGACUGGGGCUGGCAUUGGAGCAGAGGUCCAGGCCCUGUUGCCUACAGUUUUAUGGUCACCAUGGGCUGGUCCUCCAGAGCAGUUUGGAGGGGACCUAUAUAUACAUGGUAGAGCUGUCUCUGGGGACACCAGGUUGUUGCCCUCUGCCACUGCCCUUUAAUUUCCUCCUCUUCUGAUACUGUGCUAUGCAUGGGGCAUGGUUGGCCCCGUGCUGGAAUCUGCACAGUGCAGGAAGCCCCGGGUCUCCCCCAAGUGGAGCAGCUCUGGUUUCUCCGACUCUAGUUGUACACCUCCUGCAGGAGAGCCUCCUCCUGUGCUGGGCCGUGGAUGUGCCUGCUGUGUGUGGGGAGCUGGAUGGGAGCCCUGGGGCUCUGCCGGGGAGAGAAGAGGAGGGAAGCUGCAGUGAGACAGAGAAGGCCUUUGUUCUGAAGGCUGCUGGGCACUGGGCAAGCUCAGGUCUCACAAAGCAGCCUGUGUCCAGGAUGUGCCCACAGCCUGGUGGGAUGGCUCUCUCCUAGCCCAGGCUUCUAGCCGGUGGGCCCAAGCGGGUCCCAUGGUUUCUAACCCUGCCUUCUUUCCUAGCCCUAGCUCCAAACACUGACCAGACACUGGGCAGGUGGUAGGUCCCACUAGGCCACCUCUAGCCUCCUGCUAACUCAGGCCUGAGGCCACUAUCCAACUCUGGGCACCCUGGACCCUCUGCUAGAACAUUUUCUCAUGGGGUUUUCCUGCUUGCUUGUGUCGUAUUGUAAGAGUGACAGCUCAUGCCUAGGGUGACAGUUCUGAUACAGGUGGCCUCUGGCCCUGAGGCAGGGCACCAUGCUGUUUGUUCCAGUGACUGUUCCUAGCAUGUUUCUGGAGGACCAGUGUCUAACAGGUCCUAACUUUCAUGACAUAGCUCCUGGAGUCUCUGGAACCUCCUGCCUGUUGCUGAGCCUCUGCUGUCCCUCCUGGCCUGCAGCCCCUGCCCCUGCUAACACUUGCUUAGCUCUUGCUGCUUCCACCUGUGGGUUCCAGCUCUGGUCCAGGACACAUGGGAACUUGGCUCCUUGUGAUGGUGACAUGAGCUAUAAACAAGUUCAGUUAUGCUCCCUGCCUCUGAAAACUGCCCUGCUCUAGGACUUCCAGUAGCCCUUUGGAGCUUGACCUUAAAAAAUCUAAAUUCAGGGGCUGGAGAGAUAGCUCAGAGGUUAAGAGCACUGACUGCUCUACCAGAGGUCCUGAGUUCAAUUCCCAGCAACCACAUGGUGGCUCACAGCCAUCUGUAAUGAGAUCUGGUGCCCUCUUCUGACAUGCUAGCAUACAUGGAAGGAAUGUUAUAUACAUAAUAAAUAAAAAAAUCUUUAAAAAAAAUCUAAAUGCAGCUGGACAGUUGUUAAUCCCAGCACUCGGGAGGUAAAGACAGGCGAAUCUCAGUGAGUUUGAGGCCAGCGUGGUCUACAGAGUGAGUUCCAGGGCAGCCAGGACUAAUUA